AAGCAAAAGUACAAAAUAGACGUGACUCAGUGUACUCUACAACGGACCAGUGAUUUAUUUGAGCCGGAAUUGAGUGGCAAACAACAAUCUUUGCCUCAGUUAUUAUUGAGGCAAAAAUCAAAACCAUAUGACAAUCAAUUUUUACAGAUCAACUCUGGCAAAGACGCCUUUGUGUUUUUCAUCCCCGACAAGACACAAUUCAUCAACUUCUUGACGUUAUUAGGACUGAACAUGAAAAUUGUAGGGACCUACGGGUACCCUCUCAGAGUCUCUGUAUUAAAAAGCGCGUGGCGUUUUCCAAACCCUAUUUUUAGGUCUAUCCAGUAUCUGAGGUACAACCGAUCAUAUGAAAAUAAAGGCCUUUUUAGACUCAGCGGCGAGCAAGUUGAGAACAAACGCGUGAAAAGUGUCUUUGACUCGGACACGACGGCGGAGAGUGUGGAAUUUAAAGAUAUGAAUAUCGCGGGGUGUGUGUUGAAGGACUAUCUCAGGUCACUCGAUGAACGAAUUUUCCCAAUGAGAUUCAACCAAAGACUUUUGGACGCUGCAAAAGACGAGAAAACGGUGUUUGUUGAUAAAGUGAAGACAAUUGUGAGCGAAAUUCCUUCGAUCAAUCAAAGUUGCUUGUGGUACAUCUUCGACUUCUUGAAUUUGGUUUUGAAGUAUAAAGAACUUAAUUUGAUGAAUGAAGAGAAUCUGGCUAUCGUGUUUGUACCAAACAUGUUUGAUUUUGAUAUGUCAAAUAUGUUCAUGAACAACUCCGAGUUGACUUUGUAUAAAACAAUCUUCAUAAAAAUCUUGGACAAUUACGAAGAGAUAUUUGAAAACGUUAAAAAAGAAAACGAAAGAAUUUAG